AUGAAAGCAACUUCCAAAGAAAAUAUCCUUUGGAAGUAUAAAGAGAAAGAUGAAUUCAUUUAUAGUCAGCUACAAAAUAUAUUGACUUCUCAACCCUUUAACAAAAUUCUAGAAUACGAAAAUGGAGAUAUUUACAUAGGCACCUCAAGAAAUAAAAAAAGAAAUGGAUUUGGAUACUACCUAUAUGUUAACAUCAAAACCAUAUAUCAAGGACAAUGGAACGAUAAUACCAAAAAUGGAUAUGGGACAUUAUAUAAUCAAAAGGAAGUUAUAUACUCAGGUGAAUGGUUAAAUAACAUUCCUCAUGGUUUCGGUUGUAAUUACAAAGAUGGGAAAUUAUAUAUGGGUUGUUAUAAAUAUGGAUUCAUGAACGGUGUAGGUAUAUUAAGAAAAAAGAGGAGUUUGAAUUUUUGUUUGUUUGAAUGGAAUAAGAAAAAAUGUAUCAUAAGAAUUUUUAAAUAUAUGGAUAUAUAUUUAUAUAUAUAUAAUAACGAUGAGCAAAUAUUAUAUCAAGAAAAAAUGGAUGCUAUAUUUCCAUUUUAUAUUGAUAAAAAUAUAUGUAAAAAUAUACAUGAACAGGUAUUCGAUAAAUUAUUUGGAAUGUCUGAUAAAUUGAUGAGUCAUCUUUUUCAAUCCAUUGAUAAGAAAAAUAAUAAGAUUAACCACAGUGUGAAUACUCAAGGGAUAUUAAAAAAAUAUAUUAAUUAUGAUGACCAUUUGAAUUUUCUAAAAGGGAUAAUAAAUAAAACGGAUAUAUUAAAUUUAAGAAUUGAUGAUAAUAAUAUAAAAGAUGGUAAUAAUAAUAUAAAUGAUGAUAAUAAUAAUAAUAAUAUAAAUGAUGAUAAUAAUAAUAAUAAUAUAAAUGAUGAUGAUAAUAAUUAUGAUGAUAACCAUGAAUUUCAUUUUUUUAAUAAAUCCUCAAAAAAUAAAAGUAAUAUGAACAAAAGACAGCAUGAUAAAAACAAGACACAAUCGGAUUCUUCUUCUUGUUAUAAGGAAACCAACAAUUUUAGUAAUAUGUCCUAUUCAAAAGAAACCUUAUAUUCACAUGAUAUAAUUAAAAGUAAAAGAUUGUUCAAUGAAAAGUUUUUAUUUUAUCAUACAGAUUCUUGUAACAGUGACUUUUGUAUACCAACCGAUGACGAAAGUGACAGUAUUAUGAAUAAACAUGAAAUUAAAAAAAUUAAAAAAAUGAAAAAUAUUAAAAAAAUGAAACUACCAACAAAUGUUGGGCAAGAAGAAAUAAUAAAAGAAGAGAAUUACGAUGGAUAUAAAAAUUAUGAACAAUAUAAAAAUUAUGAAAUAAAUCAAAAAACUCAAAAUAAUAUAUUACGUUUUCAAAUGUAUCAACAAUUAGCCCAGUUUAAAAUAAAUAAGAAGAAAAAAAAAGAAAAGAAAAGAAAAAAAGAAGAAUAUUAUAAAUUAUUUAUUUCGCAUUAUAAUAUAAACUCAUCCGCUUCUAACAAUUUAAAAUUAAUAAAUCAAAAAACAGAAGAUAAUAAUAAUAAUGAUAAUGUCAUAAUAAAUUAUGGUGUAUAUUCCAAAGCUAGUUUGUUCUUUUAUGAAAAUUUAUUUAUUUAUUUAAAAGAAUUAAAUAAAAAAAAAAAAAUUGAAAAUAUUUAUCAAUGGGAAAGACACCAUAUUUUAAUUUUAUUGUAUUUAUUUAAAUUAAAUAGAUAUAUAGAAUCUUUUUCAUCUAAUAAAAUUAAAGGGAUUCAUUUUUUUUUUAUUUUAAAUAGUAAGGUUUUAAAAGAAUUAGGAAUAAAUAAUAAAGAGCACAUAUUUUUUCUUAUGAAUAUAAUUAAUACGUUUAAUAGUAUUCAUAAUAUGUAUUUACAAGUAUUAAAUCAAGAGAAGCUUAUGCACAAUGAUUACAAGUCCUCAUGUGCACACCAUUCUAUAAAUAAAAAGGAAGUUUUUAUAAUAAAAAAAUUUGAUAAGAGUAUACCCCCAAAUUUUUUUUUAUGUUAUUAUAAAAAUUGUCGUGUAUAUUUGAAAGGUUUUACACAUAAAAAGGAAAAAUAUAUAUAUAAAAACAAUGAAGAAAAUGAAGAAAAUGAAAUAAAUGAAGAAAAUGAAAUAAAUCAACAGGAUAAACAGGAUAUACAAAAUGUACAGGAUAAACCAAAUGAACAAAAAAAAUUACUAAAUAUAAAUGGUACAUGGGAAAAGGGUAUUGAAAAAAAAGGUGAUGAGAAUGUGCAACCAACAUAUAUAAAUGAUGAAUGUAAAAAUGAGGCACCUGAUCAUAAUACAGAUAUAAAUAUUUCUAUACAUGUACAAAAUAAGAAUGAUUAUAAUAAUCUUAAUUAUAAUAAAAAUAAUAGUACAGACGCAAAAAAUAUUUUACCAAGUUUUAAAAACAAUCUGCUGAAUGCUGCUCAAAGGUUAUUAUAUAAUGAAUCAAUAAAUGAAACAUUGUUUAAUAAUCUGAAAAAUAUUAAAAAUAAUUUCCUCAAAUUAGAAGAGGAACAAGAUGAAUAUAAAAGGGAUGGACAAACCUUAGGAAACUUUGAAAAUGUGACAAAUAUGUCUUUAUCAUAUCAAAACAAAAAAAAAAAAAUAAUUGAGCACAAUAAAAUAUAUUCUCCAGAAGAUAACACAAAGACAGAAAUUAAUUAUAACAAUGAUUGUAUGAUUAAUAAUGUAAAGGAAUAUAAAAAAAUGAAAAAGAAGAAAGGUGAAAAAAAAAAACAUAUAUAUAAUAAUCCUAUCAAAUAUAAAAAGACAUAUAAUAAUAAAACAUAUAAUAUAAUUAAUAAGUCAAUAAGAAAAAUUGAAUAUAUAAAAGAAUAUUUGAUAGUAUCUAAUUUAAGACAUCCAAAUAUCUUACAAUGUAUAGGAAAUAUAUUCGUUGAUGACAAGGAGGAUUGUGGCAUUGUUUUUGAAUAUAUAAAAGGGAAAACUUUAUAUGAUUUUAUAUAUAAAAAGGGAUAUAAUAAAAAUGAAAUAAAUGAUAAGAAGGUUAAUAAUGAUGAUGUUUAUAAUGACCAUAAAAAUAACCACAACAAUAACAAUAAUGAUAAUGUUAUCCGUAGGAACAAUAUGCAUAAUAAUACGCUUAGGUAUAAAGAAAUCGUAAAACUAUUCUUCGAAAUUUCGUCCUGCUUAUAUUAUAUACAUAAAAAAAAUGUUUGUCAUGGAAAUAUUAAUAGUAAAAAUAUAAUGAUAACAAAAAAAGGGGAUAUUAAAAUAUAUAAUUUUGAAUGCUCAUUUAUUGAAAGUUUUUAUGAUUAUAAAAUGAAAAAAAAUAAAGAACAGAAUAAAAGAUAUAAAAAUUAUUAUGAUAUUUAUAAUAAUAUUUCCUUGGAUGAACAAAUGUUUUUACCAUUUCCUUAUUUUACUACAAUUAAUAAUAUAAAGAAUAAUAACAUAUCAAAUUUAUUAUCAUUUAGUAAUAACCAUUUAUAUUAUUAUUAUAUUAAUGAAAAGCAUGAUGAAUAUUAUUACAUGGCACCUGAAGUAUUACGACAAGAAGAAUAUACCAAAAAAAGUGAUAUCUAUUCAUUUGGUGUUAUUAUGUAUGAAGUCAUUUUUAAGAAAGCACCUUUUGAAAAAGACAUUUCUCCUUUGUUUUUUUCAAUACAAACAUGUUAUCAUCCAAGAUAUAUUAACAUGGAUACAGAUCAAUUGAAUUUUUUAUACGGGAACAAUAUAUUCUCUUCACUUUCUCUUUCUCAUUCUAAUUCUCAUUCCCAUUCUCUUUUUAUGAAUAUUAUAUUUUUAAUUAAGCAAUGUUUACAUCCUUUGCCUACCUGUCGACCCACUGCAAAAUAUUUAAGUCAUCAUUUUGAGCACAUGCUAGAAAUAAUUAACUGUUAUAAAGUAUUAUAA